AUGGCAGUAGCGACACAUUCAGCUGUACCACCGCCGUUAGGAGCGUCAGAACAACUACACCACACCGGGCUCCUGAGCUCUACGACCCUUCAAGUUCAAAGUGUUAACGACCUGGUUGUAGAUUCCGUGAGGAAAUAUGGCAAUCUACCCUUCGUUGGAUACCCAGCCAGUCCCCUUGGGAAAGAUGACUACGUCUUUUAUACUUACGCGGAGCUCGACAGCUUCGUUGACAAGGCAGCCUGGAACUACGCCGCAGCCAAUCUGAAACCUGAGACCUCGGCAGAAGCUGAGGUUGUAGCGUUAUUGGCACCUUCAAAUUUGGAUUAUGCCGUCUCAAUGCUCGCCCUGUCCAGAAUGGGGUUUGCUGUACUAUACCUAUCGACCCGAUUGGCACCAGAGGCCUAUGUCAAUCUGUUGAAAGAGACGAAAUGCACCAAAAUUGUGUUAAGUCGGAGUCAAGCGCCGACUGUGCACACAAUCAAGGAAAUCUAUCCUCUGGACUGCUACAACAUCAUUGAAGAAGCGGCCUUCCGAGUCGUGGACCCUUUGACUCCCCGUUUUCCUGCGCCGCGACCCUCUAAUAUUUCGCGCCAAGUUUCCUUCAUCGUGCAUUCUUCCGGGUCGACCGGCUUACCCAAACCUAUCUUUCAAACCCACCAGGCUUGCAUUGCAAACUAUUCAAGUGGAAUUCCAUAUCGGGCCUUUCUAACUCUACCAUUGUUCCACAACCACGGUAUUGCAACUCUACUUCGCGCCAUGUACUCUGGAAGGCAGGUUGCGCUAUACAACUCCAGUCUUCCAUUGUCCAGCACCAAUCUUGUCAAGGCCAUGGGCGCCGUGCAACCAGAGAGCCUUCACUGUGUUCCUUACGCUCUGAAAUUGCUCGCAGAAUCACAAGAAGGCAUCAACACCCUAAAGAGAUGCAAAUUGGUGUUGUUCGGUGGCAGCAGCUGUCCUGAUGACCUGGGUGACCAGCUCGUAGCUAACGGGGUGUACCUGGUGGGUCACUAUGGAGCGACAGAAAUGGGACAGCUGAUGACAUCCUUCCGAGAUGAGGCUGAUAAAGCCUGGAAUUACAUGCGACCCCUGGCUUCCGCCAAGGAUCACGUUCGAAUGUUCCCCAUUGGAGAUGGCACUUUUGAAUGCGUGGUUUUGGACGGGUUACCGUCGAAAGUCUUGUCUAAUUCGAACGACCCGCCGAAUUCAUAUCAUACAAGGGACAUCUUUGUCCCUCAUCCAACAAUUCCAGAUGCUUGGAAGUACAUCUCGCGUCUAGACGACCGCGUUACCCUUGUCAACGGCGAGAAAGUACUGCCAAUUCCGUAUGAACACUACAUCCGACAGAAUGAGCUAGUCCAGGAGGCCGUGGUUUUCGGCGUGGGGAAAGCAGUCCCUGGACUGAUUAUCAUUCCAAGUCAAAAGGCUAGGGGUAUUAACAAGACAGAGCUUCUUGAAAGACUCACAUCGGACAUAAAUGCCGCCAACGCCAGAGCUGAAGCAUUCGGACGAAUCACGCCAGAAAUGGUCUAUAUUGCCGACAUUGGGACACCGUAUCCUCGUACAGAUAAAGGCACAGUAAUCCGGGCUCGCUUCUAUCGAGAUUUUGCUCACAUUAUUGAUCAAGUAUACGAGCUUUUUGAGUCCCCGUUCAAGGGCGAGGGCCAAGGAGAGCUUGUGCUUGGGAUAGACGAGCUUGAGGAGUAUCUCUUGAAACUCUUCUCCGAUAGACUGGGCGGAGGGGGUCUCUCUUCGUCGACUGAUUUCUUUGAGACUGGCGUGGAUAGUUUGCAAGCUAUCACGGCUCGAGCCCAGAUCAUGAGAGAGAUCAAUCUUGAUGGACAUGUUCUUGGUCAGAAUGUGGUAUUUGAAUACCCCUCUGUCAAUCUUUUGGCGGCACAUCUCUACUCAUUGAGAACAAAUACCGGUGUUUUGGAAGAGACUGAAGAGGAUCUCAUGGCAAAUUUGAUCGAGAAAUACUCAGACUUCUCUGAGAGAGUCCCAGGGAAGCAUGUGAUUUCUCAGGAAUCGCUUAUCAUCACCGGCACGACGGGAUCUUUGGGAGCACAUAUGCUUAGCCAAGCUGUGCGCCUUCCGACAGUCCAGAGAAUCUACUGUCUGGUGAGGGCUUCAUCACCCGAAGAGGCAAUGAAGCGGGUGCUAUCCACUCUGGAGGCGAAAUGCCUUCCAAGACUAUCAGCUGCAGAGUUAUCCAAGGUUAUCUGCCUUCCUUCUGACCUGAGCCAAGCGACAUUAGGGCUAUCAACCCGAGACCUAGACGAGCUACGGAGAACGCUUACUUGUGUCAUACACUCAGCUUGGGCAGUGAACUUCAACAUGGGUGUUCGCAGUUUUGAAUCACACCAUAUUCGAGGAACAUAUAACCUACUGAACUUGUGUCUCGGCACAGGCACAACUACUCCUGCACGGUUCUAUUUCUGUUCGUCUAUAUCGGCUGCCGGAGGCACGCCCAUCCCAGCUCGCGUAAAAGAGACCUACGUCGCCAAUCCCACUCACGCACAACCCAUGGGCUAUGCGAGGUCGAAGUAUGUGACAGAACACAUCGUCAAGGCAGCAGUUGAGAAGACGGGGAUGACAGCAAAAGUACUUCGCUUGGGUCAGAUAAUUGGCGAUACCGACAAUGGCAUUUGGAACCUCACUGAGGCCAUACCUCUCAUGAUUCGUAGUGCACAGAUUCUCAAAGCGUUGCCAGCUCUGGAAGAGACACCAUCCUGGAUGCCUGUAGAUGAGAUGGCAAAGGCCUGCCUUGAAUUAUCGGGCGUCCUCAACGACAACAGGGAUGCCCGGGCACACAACUCAGAUUUUUCGACGGUAUAUCAGGUGCAGAACAGGAGACUUUUCCACUGGACUCGAGAGCUUCUCCCAGCACUGAGAUCCGCUGGGAUCGAUUUCGAGAUCGUAUCAAAGCGCGAGUGGAUUGAUCGUCUCCGCAAGUCAGAUCCAGACCCCGUGAAGAAUCCCACCAUCAAGCUGCUCGACUUCUUCACCGGCAAAUACGAUAACGACAACCCUGGGCGCGAGGGCCUUGUAUUCGAAACGCACCUGACGGAAAGAGCAAGCGAGACUGUCAAGGCCGGCUUCGAUCUGAUUCAAAGCGACCUAGUACAAAAAAUGGUAGCAUGGUGGAAGACUCAAUGGUUGGCUUGA